UUUUUAUCACCAAAAAGAAAACAUUGCAACAUUUUUGAGUCAUCAAUUUUCUGGAAUUCUUAGAAUUCUAAUCGAAUUUCUAGUAAUUUUAUUGUAAAAUAACAGGAAGGGGUUAUCACAACUCGUGGUAAUGUGCAUUUGUACCAGCGAGCAAUAUUCAAAUUCCUAUUUCAAGUUCAACGUUCUUUCUAUACGAGCAUCAUUCUGUGUUAUCAAAUUGUCGAGAUGAAAAUGAAGUGCGUUGUUCAUGUUGAAGUUAUACAACACUCGAAUAGUAAUGUGGAAGCUAAAGAUCUGGAGUGUUUGGUGGACCAAGAACUGCAAGACCUCGGUUCAGUACGUCCUGGCCAAUCCAUGACUUCCGUCCAAUUCACCUCAGAUAUACUCAAGAAGAACAUAAUCAGUGUAAAGAUUAGUGAAAGUUCCGAAUUAGCUCAUAAUUAUAAUUUGGAUCCAGAAAAUCUAACGAAUUUAUCGCUAGACAAAGUUAGUUUACAAUUUCACACGUAUCGUUUGGAAGAAGAAGAAAUACAAAGUGAACAAUUGAAUAUAUCCAGCGAUGGCGAUAAUGAAACAAUCUCAGCUGCGAAUUACUGCCUCUUACCUCAUGUUUCAUUUCAUGGCAUUUGGGAGAAUUUAAUAUACGACAAUAAUAUCAAAGAAAACUUGUUAGAUUAUGCCAGCACGUCGAUGAUAUUCUCUCAAUAUAAAGUAAACACGAAUGUAAUCUCGUGGAAUCGUGUUAUAUUACUGUAUGGUCCACCAGGAACGGGGAAAACAUCUUUGUGUAAAGGAUUAGCUCAAAAAUUAUCCAUCCGAUUGAAGAAAAAUUACAAGAUAGCUGAAUUCAUCGAAAUAAAUAGCCAUAGUUUAUUUUCUAAAUAUUAUUCGGAGAGUGGAAAAUUAGUGAUGCAGAUGUUUUCAAAAAUCAAAGAACAUUUAGAAUACGGCGAAUCUUUGGUGUGUGUUUUAAUCGACGAAAUAGAAAGUUUAACUCAUGCUAGAAAUGCUUGUAUGAACGGUGCCGAACCUUCGGAUUCGAUUCGUGUAGUAAACGCUAUUCUAACGCAGCUAGAUCAGAUACGAAGGUAUCCGAAUGUGCUCAUUUUAACUACAUCGAAUUUAAAAAGUGCCAUCGACGUAGCUUUCGUCGAUCGUGCUGAUUUACAAAUUUACGUUGGACCGCCAUCGAAACGCGCCAUUUAUGAGAUAUUUGUAUCGUGUUUGAAAGAAUUAAUCAGAGUCAACUUAAUCAAGUUGGAAACCGAAAUAGAUUUUUUAUCUGUAGAUUGUUUAUCUGAAUCUGAAGAAAAAAGCGACGUUAAUUUUACCGUUAGUCGAGAAUUAUUCGAAGUAGCUAAAUCGUGCGAUGGAUUGAGUGGGAGAAUAUUACGUAAACUUCCAUUUUUAGCAUAUUCUUCGUAUUCGAAAUCGGAGAAGAAAUCUAUAAAUAAUUACAUUCAAGCCUUACAAUCUGCCGUUGACCAAUAUCGUGCGAAUAACAAGAGUAUCUUCGGUGUACACUGCCAGUAAUUGUCACCAUUCUUGAACUCGUCAAGUUUUAAUACUUCUAUGACGUUAAUCGUCGUUUUAUCGUGUUUUAUCAUUUUUUAAAACGCAAAAUGUUGCCUUAUUUAUUUUUUCAUUCUCAUUUUAUUAUAAAUGUAGAUUUUAAGUUUUAUGUUGCGAGUAAGGUUGGUGUAGUGAACAAGUAGUUUUUAAGUGAAUAUAUUUUACAAGUUUUAUUUCCGA